CCAACAUUUUGACAAUUGUGCAAGGGGCGUUCGUCGAAUACCAGUCAACAAAAGUUGGCGACGCCAUUUUGUGUAUUCCUCUGAUUAUUUAAUUUUAUCCUGGCCAUCUCCAAAGCUAUCCGUGUGUUUUUCGUGGAAAUGUGUCUGUGAUAUCCGAGUUCGGCUCCUCUGGUCCGUAUUUCUUUGUGAUGUGAUAACGUAGAACAUUUAUUUCGGUGUAUUGCUUCUGAGCUUAGUAGUUUUCGGGUAGAUAGCAAAGGGAACGGUCAUUUAAAAUGAGUACAAAAGAUGACGAGUACGAUUAUUUAUUUAAGGUUGUUCUUAUUGGGGAUUCAGGUGUAGGCAAGAGUAAUUUACUAUCGAGAUUUACUAGGAAUGAAUUUAACUUGGAAUCCAAGUCAACGAUAGGAGUAGAAUUCGCUACAAGGAGUAUACAGGUGGACGGGAAAACCAUAAAGGCGCAAAUAUGGGACACGGCUGGCCAAGAGCGUUACCGAGCUAUAACUGCGGCUUACUACCGAGGCGCCGUUGGGGCUCUUCUCGUCUACGAUAUCGCCAAACAUCUUACCUACGAGAACGUCGAAAGAUGGUUGCGUGAAUUGAGAGACCACGCCGACCAGAACAUUGUCAUCAUGCUCGUUGGCAAUAAAUCCGAUCUCCGACACCUGAGGGCGGUCCUUACUGAGGAGGCCCGCGGAUUUGCUGAACGAAACGGCCUCUCUUUCAUCGAAACGUCGGCCCUGGACUCGACCAACGUUGAUUUGGCUUUUCAAAACAUACUUACAGAAAUAUACAGAAUCGUGUCGCAGAAGCAGAUCCGGGAUCCGCCAGAGGGCGACACGAUCCGGCCGCAGAACGUGGAACCGAUCGACGUGAAACCGACCAUGAACUCGGACGGCGUGCGUAAACAGUGUUGCCAGUAGACGCAAUUUUUCCCCUCUUCUUAGAUUUUCGUCACUAAAAAUGAAAACGUAGCGGAUGUCGUGUCGCAGCAGCAAUCAGUUUCGUUUUUUUCCCGUGAACGGGGAGACUCCGUUUUCCAAUCUUUUGGAAGUUUGAAGACGGUUUGCACUGCUACUUUCGGAUGUUCAGUUUUUUUUUUAAUUAUCUUCAUUAUUAUUUUUUAAGAUUGAUUAUGUAUAAUAUGUACUCGCCCUAUACCUCCUCCCGCCCGGUUAUGAGUUGCGUCGGGACGCGUCCUUUCCCCCCACUUCUGCCUUUACGCCGGUCGUUCUCUUUUCGAGAAAAAUAUAAAAAAUUAAAUCUAAUUAUUAUCACAAGGAAUUAUUAAUUUAACAGUAAUAAUACAAUAUGUCUAGGUAACGUUUCAACUUAUGCUUACAUAAAGCCAUGUGAUUAUAUAAAUAUAUAUAUAUUUGUAGUAUAAUUUCGAGGUGCAUAUUUAUAAAACAAAAUAUACUUUUUUCUGUUGGAUUGUAUUUGUAAAUUUUAGAGUAUUAAAAGUACUAAAAUUUUAA